CUUCAGUCAUUCAGUCAGUCUCCUGCGCAUGCGCACUUUCACUCUUGGGCUCCUCCCGUCCUCUGAGUCCAAACCGAAAGUAAACUCGGAGAGGAGAUGGUCUGGAAGAUCGCCAUUAAACCCAAAAUAAGAAGACUUGUGAACCUAUAAAAACGGUCAUAAACAUCACAUUAUAGUGUGACGUCAGUUUGUCAUUAUGGAGAACAGAGAGAGAUCUUCAUCUCCUGAUCUUCCUCUUAACCUCAGUGAUGAACCAGUGACCUCUGACCCCAGGAUCUCAUGGAAGCUGAGAUCUUCAUCUCCGGAUCACAGCUGUGUGUCUCUGAAGAGUGAUGCAUCCAUGGGUCAUCCUCCUUUAUUCAGUGAUGAUCCAGUGACCUCUGACCCCAGGAUCUUCAUGAAGAGAUCUUCAUCUCCGGAUCACAGCUGUGUGUCUCUGAAGAGUAACGCAUCCAAGCUGUAUAAUCCUCCUGCAUUCAGUAAUGAUCGAGUGACCUCUGACCCCAGCAGAUCAGAUGGAGAGAGAAGCAUCUCUGGAGGAGUCUCCUCUGUCUUCUGUCUGAACAACACGAGCGUUACAGCGUCUCUGAAUAAACCUGAUCAAGCAGUGAAUGAUGAACUACAGAGAGUCAAAGAGCAGCACAAAACCAGCAUGAAGAACAAGUAUGAGAGAUUAUGUGAGGGACUGAAACUCCAGGAGAAUGAAAGCCUCCUGAACAGCAUCUACACACAGCUCUACAUCAUAGAGGGAGAGAGAGAAGGAGUGAAUGAAGAACAUGAGGUUUUACAGAUGGAGAAAACAGCCAGAACACAACACUCACAAGACACUCCAAUCUACUGCAAUGACAUCUUUAAAGCCUCCAAGAAGAAGAAGAAGAAGAUCAAGACUGUUCUUACUAAAGGCAUCGCUGGAAUCGGAAAAACCGUCUCUGUGCAGAAGUUCAUUCUGGACUGGGCCGAGGGAAAAGCCAAUCAGGAGGUAGAUUUCAUGUUUGUGCUUCCAUUUCGAGAGCUGAACUUGAUCCGAGAUCAUCAGUACAGUCUUCACAGACUUCUGCUGGACUUUCAUCCUGAACUUCAAGAUCUGGACUCACAGAUUUAUGAGGAGUGUAAAGUUGUGUUCAUCUUUGAUGGUCUGGAUGAAAGCAGAAUCACACUGAUGUUUUCAGACGCUCAGGAAGUUUGUGAUGUGACUGAGACUUCAUCAGUGGCUGUGUUGAUGUCAAAGCUGAUGAAAGGAGAGCUGCUUCCCUCUGCUCUCAUCUGGAUCACCUCCAGACCAGCAGCAGCCAAUCAGAUCCCCUCCAAAUACAUCCACCGUCUGACAGAAAUUCAGGGAUUCACUGAGCCUCAGAAGGAGGAAUAUUUCAGGAAGAGAAUCAGUGAUGAGCAUCAAGCCAGCAGAAUCAUCUCACACAUCAGAAGAGCAAGAAGCCUCCACAUCAUGUGCCACAUCCCCGUCUUCUGCUGGAUCUCAUCCACUGUGUUUCAGAAGCUCCUGGAAGAAGAUCUGAGAGCAGAAAUCCCUCAAACUCUGACUGAAAUGUACAUCCACUUCCUGCUGACUCAGAUCAACAUGAGGAAGCAGAAGUAUGAAGAGAGAGAUCCAGAGAAACUCCUGCCGUCCAACAGAGAAGUGAUUGUGAAACUUGCUGAAGUGGCUUUCAAACAGCUGAUGAAGGGCAAUGUGAUGUUCUAUGAGGAGGACCUGAUUGAGAGCGGCAUACACAUCACUGAUGCCUCAGUGUAUUCUGGGAUUUGCACUGAGAUCUUUAAGCAGGAAUCUGUGAUUCAUCAGAGGAAAGUCUACAGCUUCAUUCAUCUGACCGUUCAGGAGUUUCUUGCUGCUUUCUGUGUGUUUUUCUGCUACUUAAUGAAGAACAAAGAGCCAGUGCAUAAAUUCAGUUAUGAUCAAGUCUCUCUGUGUGAUCUGCUAACAUCAGCAGUAGAUAAAGCUGUGGGUAGUAAGAAUGGUCAUCUGGAUCUGUUCCUGCGGUUCCUGCUGGGCGUCUCACUGGAGUCCAAUCAGAGACUCUUACAGGAUCUAAUGACACACACAGAGAACAGCUCAGAGACCAUCAGAGAAACCACACUGUACAUUAAAAUGAAGAUCAGAAAUGAUGGUGUUGAUGAUUAUUUUAAACAUCCUCCUCUCUCAGUUGGUGAAUCCAUCAAUCUGUUCCUCUGUCUGCUGGAAGUGAAAGAUCAGACUCUGUUCAGAGAGAUUCAGGAGUUUGUGAAAUCAGACAAACACUCAGAGAAACUCUCUCCUGCUCAGUGCUCAACAAUCUCCUACAUGCUUCAGAUGUCAGAGGAGACACUGGAUGAACUGAACACCAAGAAAUACAACACAUCAGCUGAGGGGAGAAGAAGACUGAUACCAGCUGUGAUCAACUGCAGAAAAGCCCUAUUUUCUGGCUGUAAUCUCACUGGUCAGUGUUGUGAGAGUUUGUCUUCAGCUCUACAAUCCUCAAACUGUGUCCUGAGAGAGCUGGAUCUGAGGAACAAUGACCUGCAGGACUCUGGUGUAAAGAUUAUUUCUGAUGGACUGAAGAGUCAGAACUGUCAGCUGCAGAAACUGAGUCUUGCCGGCUGUAAUCUCACUGGUCAGUGUUGUGAGAGUUUGUCUUCAUCUCUACAAUCCUCAAACUGUGUCCUGAGAGAGCUGGAUCUGAGUAACAAUGACCUGCAGGACUCUGGUGUAAAGAUUAUUUCUGAUGGACUGAAGAGUCAGAACUGUCAGCUGCAGAAACUGAGUCUUGCCGGCUGUAAUCUCACUGCUCAGUGUUGUGAGAGUUUGUCUUCAGCUCUACAAUCCUCAAACUGUGUCCUGAGAGAGCUGGAUCUGAGGAACAAUCACCUGCAGGACUCUGGAGUAAAGAUUAUUUCUGAUGGACUGAAGAGUCAGAACUGUCAGCUGCAGAAACUGAGUCUUGCUGUCUGUAAUCUCACUGCUCAGUGUUGUGAGAGUUUGUCUUCAGCUCUACAAUCCUCAAACUGUGUCCUGAGAGAGCUGGAUCUGAGGAACAAUGACCUGCAGGACUCUGGUGUAAAGAUUAUUUCUGAUGGACUGAAGAGUCAGAACUGUCAGCUGCAGAAACUGAGUCUUGCUGGCUGUAAACUCACUGGUCAGUGUUGUGAGAGUUUGUCAUCAGCUCUACAAUCCUCAAACUGUGUCCUGAGAGAGCUGGAUCUGAGUAACAAUGACCUGCAGGACUCUGGUGUAAAGAUUAUUUCUGAUGGACUGAAGAGUCAGAAGUGUCAGCUGCAGAAACUGAGUCUUGCUGGCUGUAAACUCACUGCUCAGUGUUGUGAGAGUUUGUCAUCAUCUCUACAAUCCUCAAACUGUGUCCUGAGAGAGCUGGAUCUGAGUAACAAUCACCUGCGGGACUCUGGUGUAAAGAUUAUUUCUGAUGGACUGAAGAGUCAGAACUGUCAGCUGCAGAUACUGCGGUUGUCUGACUGUAUGGUGUCAGAGGAAGGCUGUGGUUAUUUGUCUUCAGCUCUGAGUUCAAACCCCUCACACCUGAGAGAGCUGGAUCUGAGCUACAAUCACCCAGAACCAUCAGGAGUACAGCUGCUCAAUCACAAACUGGAGGAUCCAAACUAUACACUGGAGAAACUCAAUGUGGAUCAUGGAAGAGAGAUCAGGAUGAGAGCAGGACUACCAAAGUAUGCCUGUGAUCUCACACUGGAUCCAAACACAGCACACACUCAACUCGUUCUGUCUGAUGAGAACAAGAAGAUCACACAUGUGAGAGAUCAUCAGCUGUAUCCUGAUCAUCCUGAGAGAUUUGAUGUUCCUCAGGUUCUGUGUGUGGAGAGUCUGACUGGACGCUGUUACUGGGAGACUGAAUGGAGCGGAUCUGCUGUUAUAUCAGUGUCAUAUAAAGCAAUCAACAGGAAAGGAGAAUGGAGUGAUGACUGUGUGUUUGGAAACAAUGACAAAUCCUGGAGUCUGGAGUGCUUUUAUAACAGAUUCUCUGUACUUCACAACAAUAACAGAACUGUUAUUCCUGCUGUCCGUUCAUCAUGUAAGAGAGUAGGAGUGUAUUCUAAUAGAGUAGGAGUGAUUUCUAAUAGAGUAGGAGUGUAUGUGGAUGUGUCUGCUGGUGUUCUGUCCUUCUACAGCGUCUCUGACACACACACACUCACACACUUACACACACUCAACACCACAUUCACUGAACCCCUCUACGCUGGAUUUGGGGUUAAUCCUGGUUUCUCACUGUCUCUGUGUGAUAUUAAAUGACAGAGAGACUCUUUCUGAUCUUCACACAAACUCAUCAAAUCUCACAUUACUGUACAUUUCUAUUCAUUUUUAAUUAGUUUUUGAUCAUCAUACAGAAGUUAUGAAUCUAGAUCAGACUCAUACUGUUCUGAAUCUUUAAUAAAGAGAGUAAUAUGUGUGCUUUAAUAUUUCUAUUGUAAACUGCUCAUCAAAUCUCACAUUACUGUACAUUUCUAUUCAUUUUUAAUCAGUUUUUGAUCAUCAUACAGAAGUUAUGAAUCUAGAUCAGACUCAUACUGUUCUGAAUCUUGUAAACUGCUCAUCAAAUCUCACAUAAUUACAUUUCUAUUCAUCUUAAUUCGUUUUUUAUUGUCUUACAGAACUUUCUAUUGUAAA